AUGUUUGUCACAUCACUCGGCUUAUUAUUUGAUUCAAAUUACGAAGAUUUGACAAAAUCGUUACCCUUUGGGGUAGUUAGCAUAAAAGCUAAACAAGUUUAUACUAUUGCAACGGACACUACUACCACCACCCCCAGCACUACCACCACCUCGACCGCCACCACCCCGUCGAUCUAUCAACCAUUCACUUCACCUAGACUAUUAUCAAUCCAAUUCAAUAUUUACAAAUUCAUCAAUCGUUUAAUUUAUGGUACUCGCAGAUAUCAAGAGUUAUUCCCACCAAUCACAAAGCUUGCUAGUCUUAGCAAUAGUAAACAACAAACACACCCCCAGCCUUCUCCUUCAUCUGAGACCACCACUAAUUCAAGGAACUCACCAGGGAGAUUGAAUUUCCCCAUAAAUUGUGCUGUUGAUGACUUGGAUUUUAUGUUUGAUGGUGGAGAUCAUCAAAUUACAAUCUUUGAUUCUGCCGUUGAUAACGAUAUACAUCUUGUUCAUCCAACAAAAUAUCACAGCCAUACUCAUCUCCAUCAUCAUGGAUCUCGUUUUGAAAAAAGUGGAUAUAAGGAGGAGAAAAGCACUCCUUUAUUUCAGCAGCAAAAACAGCAGCAAGAAUUGGAAGUGAAUCGUCAGCAACAACAAAAGGAACAGCAACAGCAACAGCAACAGCAACAGCAACAGCAACAGCAACAGCAACAGCAACAGCAACAGCAACAGCAACAGCAACAGCAGCAACAGCGCUUACGAUGUUCGAAGUCAGAUCAAGUGGACCAGUCUUCACCUGUAAAUGACUUGCCGAUGUUUGAUGACUUUCUUGUUGCCCAUCUGCAUCGUCACACAACCAACGACAACAGUAACAAUACCAACAAGAGCACCCAAAGUAGCAAUAAAAACAACGAUGACAAAGAAGGUGAAUUUUACUCCAAUAUACGCAAUGAGAAAGAAGUCGGCAACGACGUGGGUAAAAACACAUUCAUUCAAUUCGGUCCUAGACCCAUGUACGACAAUCGGUACUUCCAGCAUGAUUUACAAACUAUGGUCAACAAGUCUUACAAUGGUGUUGACGACAAUGAUGCAGCUAGGGAAUAUCCAUACUUUGACGAUUUUGAACAUCACAGACCCGCAUCUAGCAGAGCAUUUAGAGAUGGUGCAAACAGCAAAGAAUCAGCGAGAUUGGUAUCAGCCUCAAUCGAGAAUGCUUUAAUUUCGUCAUCAGUUUCAUCAACUGAAAGUUUUCUCAGUCCGUUGGAUGAUGAGAUUCUUACUAGGUUGCAUCGCCCAUCUCUUCAGGAUAAUAGUGCCAUCACUUCAAACGACGUGCGUUAUCUGUUUGAUGGUCAAAACUUCUAUCAUUGCAGUGACAAUGAGGAAGAAGUCUCUGAAGUGUAUCCAUUUGACGUCGAUUCGUCAAUACUACAAAGAGACACAUUAACAAGUCGUGCGUACACCCACUCAAUUUCAAUACCUGAGCCACAAUCACUGUCGCUAGCACAAUUUCAAUCACCAGCUCCAAAUACUUUUGGUGGGUUUAACCACUUGCACUUUAGCAACUUCCAACCUCGAUACCGUCUACAACAACAAAGUCUACUUCGCAAUGAAUUGGAUAGCUUUAGCCUUCCCGACAAUGCCAAAUUUGGUCACAGUAAGGACGAAGUCUCUGUUCUUUCCAGGAAGAGAAAACUUUCCUCAUCGGGAAUGUCUGUUGCUUCACCUUCAAUUGCAUCAUCCAGUCUUGAUUCGGAUGUUCCUGUCUCACCAACUGAUAUUGUAAUGAAAUCUUUGUUGAAGAGGCCGCAUCGCGAGAAAUCGUUGAAGCACAAACUGAAAAAGAGCAAACAGGUCAAAGUUGAGCCUAGUGACGAGAAGGAGGAACAAGGUAAAGAGCAAGAACUGGCAGUGCAAGGCGCAACGAGGAAAUCAACAACAACAACGACGGAGCCAGUGAUUGUCUCCACCACCACCAAAACUAUCAACACAACCGUUCGCAAAUUAAGCUAUACCGGUAAGGAUGGCAGGGUUGACCACACAUUUGAAUGCCCACAUUGUAGCUCUCAGUUUAAAGUCAAGGGUUAUUUAACUCGGCAUUUGAAGAAACAUAGCUCUGCAAAAGCAUUUCAAUGUCCAUUUUAUCAGGAAAAAGACGGCGAUGGUGAUGGUGAAAGCACCUUUUCUUCACUCGAGCAACAUCAACAUCAGCAUCAGCACCACUCAAUGGCAGGUGCAAUUGUACUGGGCACCAAGUGUCAUCCCACCGGUGGAUUCAGCCGUCGUGACACAUUCAAGACCCACCUCAAAGCAUUACACUUUAUUUAUCCACCAGGCACCAAAUCUAGUGAACGUAAUAAAUUGAGUGGCAGGUGUGCUGGAUGCUUUCAGUUUUUCGAAAACAACUCUCAGUGGUUGGUGCAACAUAUUGAGACUGGAUUGUGUCAGGGUACUGUUGCUUCUAGAGAGAGGUUGAGACAAGAGAUUAUUAAUGAACGGAAUGGAAAGGAUAUGGCGGGCGAGUCAAACACUGGAAAAAAGGGAAGUGUUGGUUGUGAGUUUGAUAAUGAGUUUUAUGACGAUUUAAUGGGAAGCGAUGACAGGGAUGGACAUGAUGGACAUGAUGUACACAAUGAAGAUGUAUAUGAAGAAGAAGAAGAAGAUUUUAGUGCCAAGUUGCUGCAGUUGCAAGAGGAUGACGAGGAAGAGGUACCGUUGACAAUCUCGAUAUUGAAGAAAGAACCAUUUGGGUUGUCUUAG